AUGAUACAGAAAAAUUUAUUUAAAAUAUUUGUUGAUGUUGUUCAAUCAUAUAAAUCAACUAAAUCAAUUAAUGUUAAAUCAUAUUUAAUUGAACAAUUAACAAAAUGUUAUAUUGGUGAUAAUAAAUCACCAAAAGCAUUUCAUGAUCAAGGAAAAAAAGUAUUGGUAUUAGGUAGUGAUAUUUUAACUUUUGGACAAGCAGGAGAAUUUGAUUAUUCUGGUAAAUAAAUAAGAUUUUCAUAUAUUAUUGUAAUUAAUUUUUAUUUUGAAGCAAUACAAGCAGUUAGGGACCAUUCGGGAAUCACGUGAUUAAGUAGAAGAAGGGAG